AUGGUUGAACUAGCGCUUAUUAGAAGAAUGCAAGCACGUAUUGACAAUCUUUUUGAAAAGCAUUGCUAUGAAAGUGGCAUAGCAAUGCUAGAGCGUUUUUCUGGGCUUGCAAAAGAUUAUCCAGGACAUCGAGAUUUAAUUUUUGAACAUGUAAAAACGAUUUUAUUUUUAUGUUUAGAAAUUGUGAAAAAUAUACCAGAAAAUGAAACCUCCAUAUAUUUGAUUUCAAGCUGCUAUAAACUUAUAAAGCCUCAUUCCAUACUGAAUCUAAUUCACUAAAUUAAUAAAAAACAAUUUUUUAUUCCUUAUUAAUUAUUAUAAAUAAUAAAUUUUUAGAUCCAGAAACUUCAAUAUAUAUCUAACUCCCCCCCCUCCGUGAGUGAAACAAAACCAUUAGAAAAAUCCCUAUUUUUUGCCCAAACGUGAGUGAACAAAAAUUUUUUUAAUAGAAAAAUUUUUUAUGGAAAAAAUUUUGAUAUAUAAAUGAUAAUUAUUAUAAUGAAAUCUAGAGCUAAUUCUAUUUAAUUUUAAAUGAAUUGCUUUUUAAAACUAAAUUUUAUAAAUUUAAAUUAAUAUUUGCUUUCCAAUUUUUGCGAAUUAGAAUUUUUUUAAAUUUCGAAAAAAAUAUUUUUUAUAAAAUUACACAGAAAUUUUUUUAAAAAACAAAUCAACACAAAAUUUUUUUGUUCACUCACGGAGGGGGGGGGAGUAAGUGAAAAAUGGAAAAGACAGUUAAUUUUGAGAAAAAUUAUUACCAUAAUGCUUAAAAUUAAAAAUAAAUUAUAGAAAUGGAACUUAAUUUAAUAAAUUGAGAGGAAUUUUGAUCAAUAUAGAUUGAAAAGGUAAGCGAAAUCUUUAAUAUCAAGCAAGUUCUGGGUAAGCUUUAUUAUGAAAGUAAGAAGUUUAUCAAGGCUGAGAAAUUCUUCCAAGCAUCGUAUAAGCUGUCAAAAGAAAUUCCAUUUAACUCCCCCAGUAAUAAGAAAAUUUUUGAUUAUUUUGCGGAUUUUAGCCUAAGAUUUUCAAGAUCGAAAUUUCCUUAUUAUUGGUAUAAAUGCCUAAAAUUUGAAUUUUUCACAUGUUAUCUGAAGUCCCCAAUAAAAAAAUUUUGUGCUAGACCCAUUAAAUUUAUUAGGGAGUAAGUGCAGAAAUUUUGGAAUUUUAUCUAUUUUACAGUAAAUUUAACCUUGAAUUUCAAAAUAAAGUAAUAGCUUCAAGCAAGUUUGCAAAAAAAAUAUUAAAAAAUGCAAACAAAAUUAAUGCAGAUAAAAUUGAUAUUGCUAAUUUGCAAGAAAAAGCUCUCAAAAUACUAAUCAAGAUAGAAAUUGGCGCAAAGAAUAAGGAAAAUAUAAUUAAGUUGCUUGAUUAUGCAAGAAAGCUGCCAUAUAUUAAUACUUCAAAGCUCAUGGCAUGAGUUAACAAUAGGUUUCAAGGGCUUGAUUACUCGGAUGUGGUUGCUUCUUCAAUUUUAAAUAAGUAUAAAGAAAAUCCAAAAGACAGAUUCCCAUCUACUAAUACAAAAUCCAAGCUACUACUAGCUCCCCCCUUUGAAUUGGAACAAGACAUAGGUAAAUUUGCAUUUUUUGGGUACUUUAACCCCCCUCUAAAUUGUAACAAAAUUUGUUUUUCAAUAGGAAAAUUUUAUCGAUGAGAGCACUAAUUUUUUAUAAAAUUAGUUUUGAACUAAUUUAAUAGGCAAAGAAUUUUUACACUGAAUCAAUUAACUUUUUAUAUAAUUCUUGAUAAAAAUAAAUUAAAAUUCAAACUAUUGUGCUAAAUUUAUAUUUAUAAAUUUUUUUAAAAAUAAUAUUAAGCCAUUAAAAUUGGAACAAGAUUCUUGUUCCAAUUUCAAGGGGAGGAGGAUAAGUUAUAAAGAAUCAUCAUUAGACUCUCCCAAGUCUCCUAAAAGCAUCCAAAGCAGAACAUUCCGAUUAGGGUCACCAAUUAACUUAUCCAAAAGAUCUUGUUUUUCACCUGAAUCAACAAGAGUAAAUUCUCCUGUGAAUUUCAAUUUCAAGCCUAAACUUCUUUUCAAUAAAAACAAAUCUUCAAGAAUUUUAAAACCUCAAAAACAGAUAAUAGAAAAAGACCAAGACUCAACAGAUAGUACUGUAACUCUCGAAUCUAAACCAUUAGAAAUAAAAUCUGAAGAGGAAAAUUCACCUAUAACCCUGACAAGUGAUAGCGAAAUUAAUAAAGAAACCUCGAAAUUAUUUAUAAAAUUAAGCGAAGACAAAGAAGAGCCAAUAAAAAGCGAAUCUCCAAAUCCAAAUCAGAAUUUAGAAGAAAAUACAGAAAAAAACGAUACAACAGCAAUACCUAAAUCUGAAGAAAAUAAAGAAAUAAAUAAAAACACUGAGAUAAAGGCUAAUGAAAAAGACACAAAAAUAAUGAUAAAAUCCGAAGAAAAUAAACAAAUAAAUAAAAAUGCAGAAAUUAAGGUUAAAGAAGACAAAUUUAAUGAUAUAACCAAAGUUUCAAUUAUGAUCCAAUCAUAUGUGCGAAAAUUGCUUGCCCAAAGAAAAUUCAAAAACGAUCAAUCAAAACGCAAAGGCUUUACUGGGUACAUUGCAUAUGGGCGACGAAAAUUCAAUGGCAUUCUUUAUUUUGUCACCAUAACAUAUCAAGGAUUUGAUAAUCAGAAUUUACGAAAAAUCUGUGGAGUGUUAGCCAGAAAUGUUGAUAAAAUGAAUAUUAUUGUUGAUGCAUAUCCUCUAGUAUCUGGGAUUAAAAAGCCAGUAUUCAGUUGUUAUUCUACAGAAGAAAUCACUGAGCUACUUGGCGUUUGGGACUUUGAGUUCUUAAAAAGUUCUUUACAGCCUGUUCUGUUAGAUCGCGUAAAAAUUAUAAAUAAUCGUAUCGAUUUUUUUGCGACUGAAAAAGUCAGUGAUCCGAUGAAAAGAUUGAUUUAUAGAGGAAAAGGCAAAUUGGGGACUAGUAUAGCUUGAUAAGCUUUUUUUUUUAAUUUAAAAAUAAUUUUUCCGCUAAAUUCAGGCUCUUCAAUUAACUUUAUAUUUGCAUGCCAAAAUAAAUAAAAAAAUACUUAAAGGUAUAAUUAUUAUAAUAUUCGGAUCCACGAAAUUAUACAAGGAUCAGUAAAAGGAUAUAUGAUAGCAGCAUUUACAUUAAAUCAAAAAAUGGAAAAAUUAUUAGACAUGCACCAACUAAUUGAGCUGUUUGGAACAAGCCAAGAAAAUAUUAUAUUAAAUAAAGUGCAUGAAAUAAUUUCUUUAUUGGCCGUGGAAAACAAUAAAUUGGUUAUAAAAAAAGCAAACCCGGAACCUAUGUAA